AUGGCCGGCGCCGGGCUGGCCGGCGCGCCUCCCGUGCGGCUCUGGGUGCGCCGCGUGGGCGUUUACUGCGACGAGCGCCGCCAGACGUGGCUCGUGGCUGCGGAAGAGGAGGAAGGAAUGCUGAGGGCCCGCAUCCAAAGAGUUCAGGUGCCCCUGGGUGAGGCGCUGCGGCCCAGCCAGCUCCCCCCAUCCCGGCUGCCUCAUAUGUGGCAGCUGUCCCAGGGUGAGCAGUACAGGGAUAGUAACUCUCGCGUUUGGGAGAUAGAGCACCAUCUCAUGCUUGGUGGUGUGGAAGAACUGCUGCUUAAACUCGUGCCUGGUGAUUAAUCUGGAGCAGUGGCUCUAGGAAGAGCUCCUUGUAUGUUUUGUACAAUCAAUGAUUCUCUCUCCACUGAAAUGCAGCCACCUCUGAGGUGGAAGCACUUUAACAACACACAGCACCAUCACACGAGAGUUUAGCACAGG